CCUCCUCUUGUGUUUGAAUAAGGAGAACGGCAAACCAGUCCGACCGGUGCAGACUAGAGAUGGCAGCCGAUCGGACGGGGGCAAUGCAGGAAGAAACGGAAGAUUUCCAAUCAUCGGCCCUGGGUUUGUCUCCGGACCAUGGCGGUCCCAUCCCGAAGAGGCACGCACGGGUCACCGUGAAGUACAACAGGAAGGAACUGCAGAGGCGGCUGGAUCUGGAGAAAUGGAUCGACGAGAGCCUGGACCGGCUGUACUCGGGCCAGGAAGGUGAAAUGCCAGAUGAGGUAAACAUUGAUGACUUGAUUGACCUGCCUAAUGACGAGGAGCGAGUGAAAAAGUUACAGGAGCUUCUUCGAGGGAGCAGUAGCGAAACAGAGACCUUCAUCCAAGAGCUAGUGACAAAGCUGGAGGGCGUUCACAAGCAGGAGGAGCUGCAGAGCGAGGGCAUCGAACACCCGGUCAUUUGCCACAGCCACUACCGCCACGAACCCUAUCACUUCAACAAAACACAGCACCCGCACCCCACCCGAGGCCAGAACCAGACCCUCUGAUGGGCCCCCUCACCAAUUAAGACAUUUUAUUUUGUGGAGUCACUGCUGGUUGCCUGGCAACCUUGCAGUGAUGAUGAGGCUAGAGGAAGUCACUACUUCUGACGGAGAAAUAAUCCAGCACAUUAAAAAAAACUGCAAUAAAAAAGUUUUUAUAUUUAUGUCAAACUAUUGCUUUAACCACUUAAACUAACUUUAUUUGUGACAUAUCUCGUGGGUGAAUAAUAGAGUGCUGCGGGAGUUACUGCUAAACCUUUAGAAGACCUUAGCGUAGAUGCUAAUCGUGUCAGUCAUGUACUGUGUUUUUCAUGAUUAAAAAAACAUUAAAAAAAACAA